AUGAAGAUAGUUCUGAAUGUAGCUUGUACAUUGGAUCGUUUAGAUAUAGUAAAGUGUAUACUUGAAAAAGUGGAUCACUCACGUUUAGAUAUGACAAAUGUCAUGAAUGAAGCCUGUAGAGUAGGGAACAUAGAUAUAGUCAAGUAUAUACUUGACAAAGUAGAUCACACACUUUUAGAUAUGAAAAGUGCCAUGAAUGAAGAAUAUGAAGCAGGGAACACAGUUAUAGUAAAGUGUAUACUUGACAAAGUAGAUCACACACUUUUAGAUAUGAAAAGUGCCAUGAAUGAAGCAUGUGAAGCAGGGAACACAUAUAUAGCUAAGUAUAUACUUGACAAAGUAGAUCACAAACUUUUAGAUAUGAACAUUGCCAUGAUUAGAGCCUGUGAAGCAAGGAACACAUAUAUAGCUAAGUAUAUACUUGAUCAUGUAGAUCAUGAAAUGCUUGAUGUGAACUCAGCAAUGACUGCAGCAAUUAAAUAUCACAAUCUGUGUAUUGUUAAGUAUCUUUGCAAUAACGUACACAAAAUAUCAUUGGAUAUGAAAGUAGCCUUCAAUGAAGCUUGUAAAGUGGGAAACCUUAAAAUAGUCAUAUCGAUACUUGAUAGUGUGGACCAGUCGCUGUUAGAUAUAAAAACUGCCAUGUUAAAAGCAUGCCGCGGGCCAAAUGAUGAGACGAUUAAACUUUUAAAUCAAAGAUUUGGUGAAAAUAUGUUUGACAUUGAAAUUUUAAUGAAUAAUGCGUGCAGAUACGGAAAUAUUGCCGUAAUUCGAUGGUUGUGGGGUAAUACUGAUAAACGACAUUUGUGUUUCAUGAAGUUAGCAUUGAUUAACGCAUGUAUGAGUGGAAUGAAAGAAAAUGUGGAAUGGAUUUUAAAAAAUGUUGACCAAUCACAGUUCGAUAUUCAAACGUCAAUAACAGAAACUUUUGUAAAUAGAAUCAAUGUUACGGAUGUAAUAAAAACACUUCUGAAUCAUUCGGAUCGCUCAUUAGUGAAUAUGAAUACCAUUAUUGUCGAAGCAUGCGCAAUCGGAAAUAUAACACUAGUUAAAUGGUUACUUGAAACUAAUGAUAGGAACUUAGUAGAUAUUAAUCAAGCUUUAUAUUCAGUGUUAAAUGUCCAUUCCAAAAUAUCCGAAAAUGAUAAUGUCUAUAAACAGUCGGUUACCAGAGAAAAAAAAUCACUAGUUAUGUGGGUAUUAGAGAAAUAUUCACCAUCACUAUUUGAUAUGAAAAACACAGUAAAAGAAAUAUGCCGUAAUGGUUGGACAGACAUUUUACAGUGGAUAUGGGGAAAUACACAGGAUCAUUCACUCGAGAUAGGACCUGCAAUAAAUGUUGCAUGCGUUAAUGGUCAUAAGGAACUUGUCGAGUGGGCCUUAUCAAACAUUGAUGCCAAGUCAUUAGAUACCGAAACCUUAAUGAAUGAAAGCUGUGGGAAUGGUUUGCUGACUCUCGCCAAGUGGAUGUGGGAAAACAUUGAGCAUAAUAAGGUCAACAUGAGAACAGCAAUGAAUGAUGCUUGUGCUUUUUGUCGAAUCGAAACAGCACAAUGGAUCUUGGAAAAUGUUGAUGUCAACCUGCUAGAUACAGGAAAUGUGCUGAAUGAGGCUUCAAAGCAUGGAUGGCUCUCUGUUGUUAAAGAUUUGUUGAACGAUCCGAAUUUAAGUCAGUACGACGUUCGAUCAACAUUAGCAGAAGCGUGUAUGAAUGGACACUUGGAUAUUGUAGAAUGCAUGUUUACAAAAUUUGGGAAAGAUAUCUUAGAUAUUAAAAGUAUAUUACCCGGGUUAUGCUCCAACUCUGUAAAUAAAGAAGUAGCUAAAUUUCUGAUUAUCCAAUUCAAAUAUCAACUUUGUUUGUUUACAAACGUCAUGCCUCACGCGUGCGGAUUUGGUUGGACUGAAGUUGUAGAAAUGCUUUUACAAGACACUGACCAUACAGGAAUUGUUAUGAGGGAUUCUUUGCUAAACGCAUGUAGACAAGGGGAGGUUGAUGUUGUCAAAAUUAUUCUUAGUAAGGUCGAUCAUUCUAAACUCAACAUAGCAGAAGCCUUUAUCGUCGUAUGUAAUCAUGGCUGGGAAGAAAUAGCUGAAUUCUUAUUGAAUGAAAUAGACCAUACAUCAUUUGAUAUGAAAUCGGCUCUGACUGAGGCAAGCCGAAGCGGUGAGGAAGACAUUGUGGAGUUACUAUUUCAAAAAGUUAAACCUGAAAAGUUUGAUAUCCAGAUGGCUAUUGACGCAGCUAGUCAAAAUCAUAUGCACGAGAAUAUAGUGUACCAGUUAUUGCAAAGAAACUGCGAUGCUAAAUUUGAGCAAGACCGACUUAAGAAAAAAGCUAAAGAACAUGAUUGGCCAAAAGUUUUGUCAAUUAUUAGGAAAAAUUCCGAACGAAAAUGA